AGUGACUCACUCACUUCAGAUACAGGAUAGGACGCUCUGCUGCGGUGCCGUCCACCCCCAAACUCGCUCAACAAGCCAGUGAUUGUUUCGCCACUGAUACCAACGUGUGUAGGAUUAUUGGGCGUGGGUAAUAACUUGCAGGAAUAAGGAAACAACGCAAUAAGCAAUAAAAAAAGACAAACAAAUAUGGCAACUGUGAAUGGCUAUAGUCACCAGAUACUAAAUGGCCACAGUCACCAGAAGGCAUCAAUAAAUGUCCACAUGCAGCAGCUAAUAGACAGCCACUGUCCACAAAUAGCAUCAAUAAAUGGCCACAGCCAACAGAAGGUAUCAAGAAAUGGCCACAGUAAAAAAAGUGAAAAGACUGUGGUCACCUUGGCUCCCAGUCCCUCCAGUGCACUAGCAUGUCAGGGCAAGAAGGAGCCUCAGAUCCUGACACUGUACCCCUCUAGUACACACACUCAGACUGCCAAUACCACAGCCACUCAACACAAGACUUUGCUCUCUCCCGACACGGAAUACAGCGGCAAGAAGGAGAGCACUGCCACACCUUGGAAGGAUACCAUGCUGAAGAAGCUGGAGGGGCAGAAGUCUGGCCAGACGCUGCUGUGGCUGCCGGGGAGUGGGCGGCAUGUCAGUGAGGGGCCCGACUCCUACCAGCCCUUCACCCACAUCACUCGCACGCUGCACCUGGAGGAUGCCCUCAAGGUGUGCACUAGCUGGCGCAUCCCACCCAAGAACAUCAUCACUUUCAGCAGCAUUGACUCCCGCUGCCUGCCGGCCAACCACCCCUGUAGGGCGCUGCAGGUGUUGUGGUUCAGCACCAGCAUGUCUGAGGUGGAGGAGGAUGAGCACGACUGGUAUGGCAAUGUGGAGUUUGCCGUGAGUGCAUCUCUCCUGCUGGAGCGAUGGAAGUAUUGCUUCCUAGUGGAGAUGAUGACCACUCCUACACACACCACCUCCCGCAUCCUUCUCUCCAACACCGACUUCUCCAGCGUGCUGCGGCCCUACAGCCCCUUCCGUGCUGGUGGACCAUGGCAGGUGACCCCUGAGGGCCAGCUGGCGCUGCACAAGUGUUCUCGCUACCAGUUCCGGGGGUACAACCGCCACCCUCACAUCCUUGAGUUCCUCUUGGAUGUGACUGAGGAGGAUGAGAAGAAGAUGCUUCAAGAGUGCCAGCUGUCCUUCAAGAACCAUGAGGAGGCGCAGGACUUGUCUGUGCGUCAUGUGUGCAACAGACACCAGCGUGCCAAGACAUCCUGCCCCUCGCCCUUCCCUCGCACUACCACUGCCACCAUGUUCACUGCUCAGCUCCAGAUGAUGAACUGUCCCCUUGGCAAGAUCCCCAAGCUGUCCAGCAGUGCCAGACAGCUAUAUGAUAAGGCCGUGCAGGAGCUGGGCAUCCAGACAUCUGUGGCGUGUGCUGCACCUGUGCCCAGUGCCUUGUGUGUUGACAGUCUGUAUUCUCAUUAAAAUUAACAUCAAAGCACUUCUUUGUCUUGGCUCUCAUGGAUCAUCAGGUGUUUUUCAGGUGUUAGAUUCUCAUCUAUAAGUGUCAUCAUCAUAUCAUCAUUAAAUGAGUAAUAAUUUUUAGUUCUCAAUGUACAGUCACACCAAAAAAUCGAAUUAAAUACUUUGUAAAAUCUGAUACAAUUUUAUUAGUUAAAUGUAUGUUUAUUUUCAUCACAAAAGUUUUUUCAUAUUUUAUUUUUAUAUGAAAUGUAUAAUUACCGGAGGAAAUGUUAUGCAGGGAACAGACUGUGGGACUGUUUUAUGAAAAGCUUGGCCAAGGAAAGAUUUUCCACACACCCUUUCAUAUUUUUCAUGUUGAACAAUGACAUACACUGUGGUGAAGACAGAUGAGUGGACCUCACCGCCAUGUUUUUAAUUGUUUCACACAGGUCCUUCCCUCACAUCACAGCAUUGCAACAUCCUCUGUAGCUAUUGUGCUUGUGGAAAGUUAAGAUUUGUUAUUCCAAAGUUAUAUAUGUACAUUAUUUAGGUAAUAUUUUUGCAUGCCCUUGUCCAGUUUACUCCUCAGGAUGUGGUAGGUACAUGCAAUCCCUGACAUUUACACACACACACACACACACACACACACACACACACA